AUGCCACCACACAUGCAUCCUCGAAGCCGCUUCACAUCAUCCCUAUUCGCAACCACCCUCUUUGCGAGCUUCUUUGUCGUUGUUCUGCCGCAUGCGCUUCCAUGUCCGGCACCGAGAGUCGCGUACGCAGAUGAUGGAACACCACAGACAGGCAAGAAACGGAGGAGGCGGAAGUGCCCAGUCGAUGAGAAUGAGGGAACCAGUGCUGUGAAGGGAGUUUCUGCGGCGGACGAGAGCAGUGACGAUAUUGAGGAUGUGGGCUUGAGGAAGCAGAAGAGGGAGUGUCCAGUGCCGAAACCUGGCGGAUUGGUGGGAGGGAUUCUUGGAUUUGGGGGCUCGAGUAGUGAUGGGAAGGGCUCUAAACCACCGUGA